AGAUAUACAACAUGGUUAUGAGAAACUUUUGAUCUCCAUACUCUUAAAGAUCUUCUUAAUUUAUUUUUCUCAAGUGGGGCUACUUGAUCAAGAAAUAGUUGCUCGUGAACUGGUUUCCUUGAAUCGGUUGCUGUUGAAAAUUUUCUGCAGGUAUAAUUUUAAAAAGAACUGCUGUUUGUUCAGUGGUCAGGAGACAAUUCCAAUAGUUUAGCAGGUUGAAUUUUAUUUAUUUUUUUAUUUUUUGUAAUUUCUACCAACCUGUUUAGCUCUUGGUCAAAUCUUUGCUAACUUGAUCGCUUGGGUUCCUAAUCGAUCCCGAGGUAGCAUCUAGAAGUUUUCCUCGUUUCUCCAGUUAAGAUGAUGAGUUUCUUCUUCUCGCUUAAUUAUUUGCGUCCAACUUUUUGCUGAAUUUGUUCAAGAUGCAGCACGUUCGUGAUGCAGUAAACUUCGUUCCUCUUUCAACGGAAGGCUAUGGUUUAUCUCUCAGCGUUCCAGGUGAUCUGGCAAUUAGUCUUGGCACCAGUGACACUGUUUUUGGGAUAGCUAGUGAUCCUCGACCUGGAUUAGAAGAGCAUAUUUCCCCUGGUCCUGUGGACGCAGAAGGUUAUUUGGUAUUGCUAGUCUACAAAAAUGGGUCUCUAAACCAGGAAGAUGGGAAGAUGGGUUUCUACUGCGAGGACCGUGAAACUCUUCCUCCCUCCCUUCCAGAUGGCUUCCAUCGCUAUGUCAUCCAAGAUUUCAUGAGUGAACAAGAAGUGGAGGAAUUUGAUCCUCCCGUGGUCUGUACUGUCUGGGAAUAUUUUUCUUAUGCUGAUGUGGUGCACAAGACUUCUGUUAAAAAAAACACUUUCAUUUGCGGGUUCGAGCAUUGAUUUAAGGCCAGUUCCUCUCUAUGCCAGCUCAUGCUGAAAGAUUUGGCAUGCCUUCUACUCCACAACGAAUUACAGCAACUGGGGGAGCAUCAGCUAAUCAGAGCAUUUUGAACUCGAGAGUUUCAAUAUUUGGCGGUGAUGAUCUGCAUCCCUAAGAGCUGCGUUAAGGGCUGAUCAUGGUUGGCUGUGUAAUGAAAAUGGAAGUUUAGGGCCAUUUGCGAGCCUUUACGGGGACAACUUGGAGAAUCCGUCCCUCUGCUGCAAGCGUUCAGUUAGUGCAGGGCAUCAACAGCUGGUUUCCAGGUAUGCUUUAUUGAUGAAGAAAGAUUGGAAAUAAAGAAUCAAGCUUUCGACGGAGCCAAUAGAAUGGAUAGGUCUUGGUUUGCCGUCUCCACAAGAUGUCUUCCAUCGAAAUUGUUGAGACUUGAAAUAUUUGGCCUUUCAGUAGUUGGGCAGCUUAAAUACUUCAAAGUUAGAGAUCUCACAGUUAUUACUUUGGAAGAAAACCUUUGAACUACCACCAAGUCUUUGGACGAACAGCUUUGAGCAACCGGCUCGUUGGUUUAUUGAAGAAAAUUUUGUUACUUCUUCCCAGCACUCAUAAUAUUCUAUGAAACCAAGUAUGAGAAAUGCACAAUAUUUUAAUAGCAGCAAGAAGGAAUAGAGAAAAUUAGCAAUAGGCCUCCAAUCCUUGUAUUUUUUUAUUACAAUACAAAAUUAGCAAGAAGCAAUAGGUCUAAGCAAACUCACAGCAGCCAAACAAAAACACAAAAGGAAGUACACUACGUAUUAUCAGUACUCAUCUCCUUCAUCACCAUCCUCUCCAUCAGGAGAUUCAGCCCCAACCUCCUCAUAAUCCUUCUCCAGGGCAGCAAGAUCCUCACGAGCCUCUGAGAACUCUCCUUCCUCCAUACCCUCACCAACAUACCAGUGCACAAACGCACGCUUGGCAUACAUGAGAUCAAACUUGUGGUCAAUGCGAGAGAAGACUUCUGCAACACUUGUGGAAUUGGAAAUCAUGCAAACAGCCCUCUGAA